GUCACCAUCCUUUUUUUAUGGAUUUUUUCUUAAGCCUAGACUCUCGAGUCCACUUUUCAAAAGGGCUUUUUCAUUUGCAAUAAAAUCUUGAUACAGAAAAAUCAAGUAGCUUGCAGAGACAAAAUUGUAUUUGUAUUGUUUCUUUUAUACUCCACUGUCCUGCUAUUCACGCAUCCACAUUCGCAUCCACACACGCACACACACGCGCUCGGCGAUGAAGCAAUACGUACGCCUGUGGCUCUUACUGCUUGGCGUGCAACUGGUGGCGAUAUAUCUCCUAUACAGAGCGCUCGGGAGCUCGUGGGGACAGACACUGCGCUCUUCAGCAUUCAACUGGCUCAGCGAGCAAAACAUGUACCCGUGCUCGUUCAGAAAGCUACCGGCCAUCUUUGAGCACGGAGACGGCCACUACUAUAUCGUGUGGGAGACAACGUGCCCCUCGGGAGCGCCGCUGCUAAAGUGGUGGACAAGCAACAGCUUCGGCAGCUCUGUGUCCGCGCAAAACACCGUUGAGCCGUGGUACAGGCGGAUUGACCGCGAUCACCAUCGGUAUACGGCUAUAUUUGGCCCUGUGGCAGGCAACACGCCGGUCGUCCACUAUAAAAUCAGCAACUACAAGUUUUCGACAAGGCAGUUUACCAUAAAGCGGCCGGGCCCGACCGAGCUGCAUCGCUUGCUGGUGAUUGCAGACAAUCAGAACAACCCGGGGAACUUUAGAAAGGUGCUGUCGAGCAUCCAGAAAUACUACGGCAAGGACAAAAAGCCGGACAGCAUCUUGCACGUGGGCGACAGCGUACAGAACGUCUAUAAGCUGUCAGACUGGCAGAAUCAGUUCUUUUCACCGAUGGAGGAUGGCGGCGGCUACCACCACAGCUCGCCCCUCAUUUUCGUUCCUGGAAACCACGACCACGAGAAGAGUCGCAAGCGGGACAACAAAAAUAUGUAUAUGGACAUGUACCACGGCAUCCUGGACACCGACGGUUUGAGCAAAAAGGCCGUGGACGACGGCACGUACCACCAAUUCCAUCACAGUGUGUCGAUUGGCAGCGCGCGCAUAAUCGUACUGGACGCAGAGUGCCCGUCCAAGGAGCAGUCCGAGUUCCUUCAGCGCGAGCUAGAGUCGGCAGCCUUCCAGAGCGCGCGCUUCCGCAUAGUAACCGUGCACAUACCGCCAUACAUUGAGUUCUGGGAUCCGUAUACGUGGAACCAAAAGGGCGAGAAGCAUUGGGGCGAGCAUAUAAGGGUGGAGUACGACCCGCUGUUCCGCAAGCACGGUGUCGACCUCGUCAUAUCCGGGCAUCAGCACAAUUACCAGCGCUCGACUGUGCAACGCAAUUUGGAAAAUGCCACUUUGGCGGACUCGAUCACGUAUGCGAUUGUUGGCGGCGCGGGCGGGACCCUGGAUUUGCAGCGCGUCGAGGACUGGAACAUGUACAACGUGACCUAUCUGAAGCAUCACUAUGUAUCACUAGACAUUGAGGAGCGGCGGCUGCAGUGGUCCGCACGCAAUGUCGACGGUACUGUGUUUGAUCACUUUGUUAUCGAGCGUUGAUGAAAGAUUAAAAUAAUGUUCCUUCAUAAGAGCUGAUUUUAUGACAAUUUUUUGUCAAUGUGCUUUGUGGGCUUUGGAAUCAAAUCAAAUGACAACCCCCUUUUCUGUACAAUGUGAUUUUUUUACAUGAUGCGUUGUUUAUCUUCUAUAGCGUGUUUAAGGCAAUAAUGCUGCGCUUUGCGUGGGCGCGAGUUGAGCGCACGAGGAGGGACCCAAAUAAAACACAAACAAUCGACCUGUGAAUGCAACUAGACAGCACAACACCUUUCAUUAUUCAUU